AUGGUCAAGGCCGCAUACACCAGAGGGCCUCAGUCCCACCGCGGGGCACCAAGCGCUGGGUUCACUUUCACCCUGAACCCUCCGGCUCCAGUCAAGCUGUCCCACCCUGCCUCCUCCUCCUCCUCCUCCAAUCAUCCUGCUACUCCUCUCUCCUGGUCCCCACAGGCCCACCUGGCCUCCCCUUCAGCUUUCUCCCUCGAUGAGGGGUGGGGGCAGGCAACGGGGGGCCUGGAUGUGGACCCCCACACCCUUCAUUUUGAUUCAACCGAAAACCUAAGAUACUUGGGAAAAAGAUUCCACGAUGUGUCGACUUUGACGGACCUUUCUUCAGACCUGCCUGAGUUGGAGAUAGUGAGCCUCCUAUCAGAGGGUCGGCCCAACUACACUCUUCGAGCAGACGGUGUGUUUGGAUACGACAAUGACGACUGGCUGCACACCCCUCUGCUGCCGCCGGCCGUCGUUUUGGGGCUCACCCACGAGCAGAUCGAAGAGACUCUCAAGUACUUCUUGCUGUGUUCAGACAGAGUGGGCCAGGUCACCAAGACGUAUCAUGACAUCAAGGCAGUCACCCACCUUCUGGAGGAGAAAGAGCGGGAUCUGGAGUUAGCAGCGCGAAUCGGUCAAUCUCUCCUGAAGCAGAACCAAGAAAUAACCGCACGCAAUGAGAUGCUGGAUGAGCAGCUUGAGAUUGCAAAGGAAGAGAUUGCUCAACUACGUCAUGAGCUCUCAAUGCGAGACGACCUCCUUCAGUUCUACGCCAGCACCGAGGAGAUCGAGAACGCUGAAUCACAAUCCCCAAUAAAAAGGAACGAAUCAUGCAGUUCACUCCUCAACUUCGUCCAUCACGACUUCAUGCAGCAGAAACUCAAGGGUUUAGAGGACGAGAACCGCAAACUGCGUUUAGAGGCCAAUGACCUCACAACAGAGACGGCCAAUUACGAGGAGCAAGAGCAGGAGCUUAUGAUGGUGUGUGUGGAAGAACUCUCGUCUGUGAAUAAGCGGGUCGUCGACCUGUCAGAUGAGCUGGCGCGAAAAAUAGAAGACUGUCUCCGGCAACAGGAGGAGAUCAGCUCACUGCUCGCACAGAUUGUUGACCUGCAGGCCCGUUGCAAAGGGCUCACACAUGAGAACGAGGAGCUGAACCAACACCUGAGUGCCUCCCGUGAGAGCCAGCUAAAUCUUCAGUCAGAGCUGAAGGACCUGCGGGACAAGUACUCUCAGUGUGAGGACAUGCUCCGUGAGGCCCGAGAGGACAUUAAGAACUUGCGUAAUAAGAGCCUUCCCAACAGCACGGUGCAGCGCUACACUGCGCUAGCCUCUGUCCUCCCCAUGGACUCGCUGGCAGCCGAGAUAGAGGGCACCUUCCGCAAAGGCCGGGACAACUCGGCACCCUCAGAGUACAAGAACCAUCCCUGGCGUGUGUUUGAAACGGUGAAGGUGGUGAACAAGGCUGUGAGGCUGCGGUCCGGGUGUCACUCCCCCGGGCUGCCAGGCUCCAGCCCAGCGUCAACUCAAUCCAGUUGCACGAGUACCCCCCGAACCAGCUACUAUGGCUCAGACAAUGCUAGCCUUACUUUGGAGGACAAGCCCAGCUUCAAUAAUGCUCAGAAAGAAGACAACAGGCUCAGUGGGCCGAAGCGUCUGGGCCAGCCAGGCACACCAGGGGGCCAGGACCUGGAAGCCGCCUUGCACAGCCUGUCAGCCCGCCAGCAGAACCAUUCCUCCGAGCGGCCUUUCUUCGAGGUUGAGCGCGAGCGUAAACUUCACGCCUUGGCAGCAGACUGCGAAGAGGGCGAGGGCUCCAGUGGCUUCCUGACGCCAAAUGACAGCCUGGUCUCCAGCGCGGCAGCAUCAACGGGGACCAACUACUCCAACGCCAGCUCGCGGGCCUCCUGUGGCUCCUCAGGGGGAUCCAGGUCCUACCUGCCCGACCGCCUGCAGAUUGUCAAACCUCUGGAAGGCUCUGUGACUCUGCACCAGUGGCAGCAGUUGGCCAAACCCAACCUGGGAGGCAUCCUGCAUCCACGUCCAGGCGUCCUGACUAAAGACUUCAGGGAGCUCGAGGUCGACUUACAGCACGUCUACAGUCUGAACGACCUGGAGGAGGACGAGCCUGACCUGUCUGGAGCACAUGGCAUGGUCUCUCCACCUGGUCCCAAACUCCCUCAGACCUCUCCCAUUAAAACCUGCCAGGUCCUGCAACCCUCCCUUCUCAUCCCAUCCUUAUCCACUAGCAGCCUGCAGUCUUUCGGCCUGCCAUCUUGUCGGAACUGUGAGCUCAUGAACACUUCAUCGCCAUCCAACCAGUGGCCCUUUGGCCAAGAAGGCCGGGCCCCCACCACCCCCACCUCAAAUGUAAACACUUCCUCACUGGGUCUUGUGCAGCUGCUUCAAGAGCGCGGCAUCUCAGCCUCUGCUGUUCCACACGACCACCUGCACCACAACCGUAGUAAUAAACAUUCACCCUCCAAAAUAAAAGACAAUUGUGGGGUCUCCCCACUGGAAAAAGAGGGUCGACGGUACAUUUUCAGUUUAAACUUGGUUGAGAAGCUUCAAGGUCUGGGGCUGCACAGAGUGGCAGCCUGGGGUAUGAAGCGCCGCGUGGAAGAGAGAAGCGGUCGGACAUCCUCCGAAAGUGUGAUGAGGACAUUUCAUCCGUCCGUGGUGACUUGACCUCCAACCAUGUGAUCCAUCCUGUGCAGUACAGGGCCCCACAGCUCCGCUGUCUUGGAAGCAUACGCCACAGAAUGUGCUAGAGCCAUCUUUAAGUUGGUAGUGGCCAGUGAUGUUCUUUUUUUAAGUCAGUAGGUGUGUGUUUUUGUGUGCGUGAGUGACAUCUUCAUCUUAUGAAAACCACCUAAUUAUCAACAGUUUGUUAGACUUUUUACACAAAAAAGAAACAUUUUUUUUACCGUGUUACCUUUCUCACAUUUGCUUGUUUAGAAAAAAAACAAUCCUGCAGUUUCCCAAGCGGAACAUCACUUAUGUGUAUAUAAAAAUGUUGUCUUUUAGGGGAAAAAAGAGACUACUAAGUAAAUUAUUGUUAGUUGGAACCACAAACUGAACCUAUGCUGUCACACUGAAGAACUUUCAAAUGCACUAAAACGCACUCUGGUCUUGCUGCUUAUUAGCUGCUAAAUUGAGAUUAUCAUUUUGUAAAUAAGAUGGUCAGUUAUACGAAGUGAAACACUUGAGACGUUGAUCUAGGAGCACAGCACGAUGCGUGACUAAAUGCGGAUGGCAUUGACAUCCUGCAGCUGUCUACCCUGAAGAUCCCCUCUUUCAGGGAAAACAGGGGGUUUGGGCUGUAUUUCUGUAUUUUGCCCUCAUUGGUUUUCCAUGUUGCAUCAAGAAGAUGAAUAGGCUUUUUACAAGUCAUAUGUAAAUUUACUGCACUGUUUUCACUGAAAAUCAUGCUUGUAUAAAAUCUGCUGAAUUUUACUUCAAUCAGGAGUUUUUCAAUUGCUGGGAGGUUAAUUAAAUCAAAAUAGUUUUAGACAUGCAAAGUGAGUCUGCAUUCAUGCACGAGCAGAAGAGGUCCUAAUUAUUUAAACAGCAUGUUUCCUUGAAAUUUGUUGAGCCAAUCAACUGUAGCAAAAAGGCAUAGGAUACUGUGGAUUAAAAAGGGAAUAUGUCAUAAACACAGGUUUCCUCAUUUGUGUUUUGACUUAAAUCAACCAAACAACUGUUUCUCUGCACCGCUGUUUGCUCUGUUCUGUGUUUAAAUUGUACCACCUGUCAAUAAAACGUUGCAUUUCCAUCCA